GGCAGGUGUGGGUGGAACAUCGGCAGCAGGUGCACAGGGAACGCAAGUAGUGCAUAACGCGGGGGGUCCAGCGGCUGCACGUUCGGGAAGGGAUGGCAGAUAAGGAGCCGGCGGUAGUGGAUUGCGACGAUUACGACGACGUUGCCUCGGAUGACGAACGGUGGGACGACGAGACGACCGACGUUCAGCAGAUCUGGCAGAAAACCAUGGGUGGUCGGAGUAGGAUGACGAAGGGUUCUUCGUCGACGGUGCGAAGGGGAAAAAAAGGGACGGCUGCGGGGAGCGAGGGGGAAGGUGACGUAGAGGGAGAGGCCAUGCGAAACUUCUGGUCAGUCGACCACAUGGUCGCCCUCAUAAGGGCGAAGCGGGACCAAGACGCGCAUCUGCAGGGGAUGGGCCACACAUGCGCUCGCAUGAAGCCGAGGGAAUGGAAGUGGGCAGAUGUUGAAGAGAGGCUGAAGAAGGUUGGCGUGGAGAGGACAGCCGACAAGGGUGGGAAGAAAUGGGACAACGUGAUGCAACAGUUCAAGAAGGUGCACCUGUUCCAGGGGAGUCCGGGAA